AUGACUGUCUCAGAGUACGUGCAAAAAUUCCAAUCCUUGUCUUGUUUCGCUCCAGAGUUGGUGGCGACAGAGGAGAGAAAGUGUCGACGAUUUGAGAAGGGGCUGCAUAGUAUCGUGAGGAGAAUGGUAAUGGUCCAACGUAAGAUGAAGUUCUUAGAAGUCGUAGAGUGCGCAAGGAGCAUCGAAAUACCGAAGGAGGCACAACGAAAUUCGAAGGUCUGGGAGUCGAGGCAACCGGUGGGGAGUUUGAGUUAUUCUUCGAGUAGUUUUGGGAGUCAAAGACGGAAGAGACAGAUGGAACCAUCUCAGCAACCAUCUAAUCAAUCCAACUUUAGGGUACCUUCUUCUUCAGGGACUCGAGGUGCUUUGUCUAGACCUCUGCCUGUGUGCUACAAGUGUAAUCAACCUGGACACAUUCGUGCUCAGUGUCCACACCUCGAGAAGGCUUGUUACAUUUGUGAGAGUAUUAGUCCUCCUUUAUUCAUUGAGACACCUUUAGGGGGUAGAACGCCUCUUGAUCAUAUAUGUCGAGCUUAUGAGUUAGUCAUUUGUGACCGUCGUUUUGUAUUCGACUACAUCAUUUUGGGAAUGUCAGGGUUUGAUCUUAUCUUGGGAAUGGAUUGGUUGUCCACAUUUCAUGCUACUAUCGAUUAUUUCAAGCGUCGAGUUCGUAUUUGUCCUUUUGAGGGUCCUUGUUUCCAAUUCUUUGGGGAACGUCCGGAGCCAUUGAAACAGUACCUAUGUGGGUCUCGAGAGCACGAGUCAAUUUAUUCCUUGUUGGCGAGUUUGACAUUAGAUGAGAAUGCCUCUGUGCGUGGAGAGUUACCCUUAGUGGUUUGCGAUUUUUCGGACGUGUUUCCGAAAGAGUUACCUGGCUUACCUCCCGAGAGAGAGAUUGAGUUCAUUGAUUUGCUUAUUGGUACCACUCUUAUCUCCGUACCUCCGUAUCGUUUCGCGCCCGCCGAAUUGAAAGAGUUAAAAACCCAGUUGUAG